AUGGCUUCGACGAUGACGGCUCUGGUGGCGGCGGCAGCUGUGCCAUCUCCAACAUCUACACACAGAGCAUCGCCGCAGGGAGGAAUCUUCGACAAGGCGAAUCCAGUUCACUAUGACCCCAAGAAUCCACUUGUACUCUUCAUCAUCCAGGCCGGCCUCAUCAUCAUCUUCUGCCGGCUGAUACACAUCCCUCUAUCGCGAAUGCGACAGCCACGAGUCAUCUCAGAGGUCCUCGGCGGUAUCCUGCUCGGUCCGUCUGUGAUGGGACGCAUUCCGGGCUUCCGUGAAGCUAUAUUCCCAGCAGAGUCCCUCCCCAAUCUCAACCUGGUAGCCAAUCUCGGCCUGGUGCUAUAUCUAUUCAUGAUAGGCGUGGAGACCGACCUGAGAUCGCUGAUGAGUAACUGGAGAGUUGCCGCCAGCGUGUCUGCAGCUGGCAUGGUCCUCCCGUUCGGCCUGGGUUGUGCAAUCGCAUAUGGCCUGUAUCACCAGUUCCGCGAAGAGCCUGGCCUGGCUCCCAUCGGGUUUGGGACUUAUUUGCUAUUCAUCGGCAUUGCUAUGGCUAUUACCGCAUUCCCGGUCCUAUGUCGUAUCCUGACCGAGCUGGAACUACUCAGCACCAGAGUCGGAGUCAUCGUUCUCUCUGCCGGAGUUGGAAAUGAUGUAGUUGGCUGGGUCCUCCUUGCACUCUGCGUUGCCCUGGUCAAUGCCAGUACUGGUCUGACGGCCCUGUGGGUGCUGCUCACCUGCGUCGGCUUUGCGCUGGUUCUGAUAUUUGUUAUCCGACCCGUCUUCUUAUGGUACCUGAGGCGUACCGGCAGUCUCCAUGACGGGCCCGAUCAGUCGGUCGUCACUCUCACCUUACUGCUUGUCCUCUCAGCCGCAUUCUUUACCCAGAUUAUCGGUGUCCAUGCCAUUUUCGGCGGUUUCAUGAUUGGUAUCAUUUGCCCGCAUGACGGAGGCUUUGCGAUCAAGUUGACCGAGAAGAUUGAGGAUGUGAUCGGUGCUCUCUUCCUGCCGUUGUAUUUUGCGCUUUCUGGUCUCAAUACCAAUAUUGGACUGCUGGAUUCUGGGGUUGUGUGGGGAUAUGUCUUUGCGGUCAUCUUUAUCGCUCUUAUCGCGAAGGUGACGGGUGGAAUGGUUGCGUCGAGGCUAAAUGGCCUGCUGUGGAGGGAGAGCUUAACGAUCGGUGUUUUGAUGAGUUGCAAAGGUUUGGUCGAACUCAUCGUCUUGAACAUCGGAUUGCAAGCGAAGAUUCUGAGUCCCCGUACAUUCACCAUCUUCGUCGUCAUGGCUCUUGUCACCACGUUUGUCACCACACCCGCCGUGAGCUAUCUGUACCCUCAAUGGUAUCAGAUCAAGGUCGAGCGCUGGAGGCGGGGCGAAAUCGACUGGGACGGAAACGUUCUCGACUCCGAGCAUGACCCCAACAGCGGGUCAGAAAUUGGCCGACAAAAGUCACAAGGAACCUCUGUUCGCAAGCUGAUGAUAUACUUGAGGCUCGACAGCCUGCCAAGUAUCUUCACCUUCGUAUCGUUGCUUGGUGCUGGGGACGGACGGGAUCCAGAUGCCUCUCGCGCCCACCAUGCUCACGACGACCAGGAGUCGCCCGAGAGGCCAGGCAGUACCAGGAGAGGAAGACCGAUCGAGGUCCACGCUCUGCGCCUUGUCGAGCUCACGGAUCGUGAUUCCAGUGUGAUGAAAGUGUCAGAGGUGCACGAUUACAGCUACAGCGACCCGAUCCUGAACGCGUUCAGAACGUUUGGCCAGCUGUAUAAAGUAGCCGUGUCUGGCGGUGUUGUCAUCGCUCCCGAGCACGCUUAUGCAGAGACCCUGGUAAACAAGGCCCGCGACUGCUCUUCCGACCUUGUCUUGGUCCCCUGGAGUGAAACAGGCGGUAUGAGCGAGAGGCAGAUCCCCUUGAUCGACGACAGCAGCGAGAAAUUUUCCACUGGCCCACAUAGUUCGUUCAUCUUCAACGUCCUGAAGAACUCCAAGAGCAACGUCGGCAUCUUCAUCAACAAGGGCUUCGGAGGGUCGGCCCUAAGCCAGCCAAAGCCAGGCCAGAUAUCCAGGACGUUCAGCGGACACAACACGUACCGCACCAAUGAUCUGGCGAUGACGCCCUCGCCCGAAACCGGACACCACAUCUUCCUACCUUAUUUUGGUGGUCCCGAUGACCAGUUUGCUCUGCGCCUUGUGCUCCAGCUUGCAAACAACCUGUCCAUCACGGCUACCAUCGUAUACAUGGCCAUCACUGCUGCACCAAUUGAGCAGCAACAACACACACUAACUCUCUCCGAGCAGGAAAAGGCAGCGGACGAGAUGUUCUACAAGUCGAUCCGCGACUCUGUGCAGCCAGAACUCAGCUCGCGUGUUGUGUUCCAGGCCGUCGACUGCCCGGCCAACGCCGCCCUGGCUGUUACGCGCGACACAGCGAUCCACGACCUCAGCCAAUGCAAGAACAGCAGCGGGAACCUGGUGGUCGUUGGACGCAACAGCCUGGCGUUGGGUGCAGCAGGUUCUGUACCACCGCCUUCUUCGUCGCCAGAGUUCGGCCAGGAGGCAAAGAAGGCGAUCGGCCUGCUCGGAGAAGCCAUGGCGGGCAAGUCCUAUGGCAUAGACGCGAGCGUCCUCAUCGUCCAGGCUGCUGUUUGA